AUGCGAGUAUCGUCUCAAGAAAUGCCAUACGAGCUUCGACCCGAGGCCAAGUUGAAACGACCAGCACGUUAUGAUGAGUCGGACGACUCAGAUCUCAGCGGUUCGCCAGAACCAAAGUCUGAGAAUCGAGAUUCGGUCAUCGAUUCACAAGUGUCUCCACCCCCAAAUACGUUGACUGCGACCCCCGGCGCACCAAAACCUUUGAUUCUCCCCACAGGCGCGCCUCACCUCUCACCAAACCCAUCGCCAGAGAAGGACAAGCCUGAAGUACCCCGUGCCACAAUCCCAAACACAAGUGAUCCCCGGGGGCCUCUAAAGUCUCGUGGGAUGGCCCACGUUAAGUAUGUUAAGAAACCCAGUCGCGAGAAUGCCUCGCCAGAGACUAAACGCGCGAGACACUUCAACAAGACCGCCAAGCGCAUAGCAACAUCCCUGGAGGAUGGACAUUCGCCUGCAUUCUCCGCACCUAGACCAGCAGCGUUCCCCUCGCUGACGGACAAUGCCCCACCAUCGCUUCCGGUUGCGAUAGAACUCACCAAGCAUGGCAUGAGAGAGCUGGUGGAGGCUAUGGACGCCGAAGAUUAUGAACGAGUACGAAAGAUCAAACGCCAGUUCGCAGCCAAAUAUGAGGCGGACACAAGCGUCUGUCACAUUUCCUACGGCAUGGCACUCCCAAUCCAAACAUCUCUCACCAUACUGAUGAUGCAGGUGACCUUUGAAGAGCUAUGGCCGUCAAUACGCCAGGAAAUCAUCGAACGGAUCCUUGACGACUUCGCGCAGAAGAACUAUCCAUCCCCGUUUUACCCAGUAUGUCGCAUCUUAGAUAUCACCAAGGAGAGACUAGAUGCGAUCAUGGCUGAGAACGCCAGAGUCUGGACCGACGACGAAAUUCCACCAUAUUUCAAAGAGUACAGAAGGCGGUAUCCUAAAGCCAUCGUCGACCCCGACGAGCCUCCACCUCAUCUUCCGGGUAGUUUGUUGGGCGAGUGGCAGACUAUGCCGGCAGUCGAAGUAUUCAACAACCCAGCCCCGUUUUACCUCCCCACCAAGAAAGAAGCCUUUGAACUGUUACGGCGUAGUUCGCAGGAUGCUCAAAAUCAAGCCAGUCGAAAGCAGCGAGACGACAAGAGGCUGCCGCCACCGCAAUGCCGUGUUUGUGGACAGACAGGCCACACUUACUGGAAACUCGACAAGAAUGGAGUGCACGAGCACAACGCUGAACUUGAGAUCCUCCGCGCGCAAGCAUCCUCCGAAAUCAAAGCCUUCAAGGAACGAGACUUCGCAAUGAAGAACAUCACUCCCAACUGUUCACUGUCAGAAUCUACUCCCAUAGACGCCGCCCCGUACCUCGAAGCCUGGCAAGCGAAUAGAGCAAACCCAAAUCUACACUCCCAUCUUCAGCAGCCGGCAGCUUUACCCGAAGACGGCCGAGCCAAGUAUAUCAACCAGUUACAGACGGAUAAUCUGUCGCAUCCAGGGUGGUCAAAUGUCAACUUCACACGUGGCUGGCAAGCGAAUGAAUCCGCCCAAUCUACCACCAAGACCACAAACCUCGAACUCCUCCGCAAACCCUCUAAUCUGGCCUAA